AUGGCGGGCGAUGGAAGAGUCACAAAGCGGUCCUCAAAUGCUUGCGUGCGAUGUCGGAGACAAAAAAUCAAGUGCUCCGGCUCGCAGCCUUGCGAUGGCUGCAGCAAGCGAAAGCUUCCAUGUAUCUUCAAUGAUCGUGAUCAAAAGAUUUUGGUGACAAGAGGAUACAUCCUGGAGCUGCAGCAGAAGAUCGCACGCAUAGAGCAGAACGAACAAGGCCAGCCUAGUCCUUUCAGCUCCAACUUCGACGCUCAGACUAUCGAUCCCAAAGAUCGGGAAGACAUACCCUCAUUGGAGAGGACCAUCACUCCUGAAGAUCAAGAUGGAUCUCAGGACUUGGAAGAUCCAGAAUCUGGUCUAGCUAAUCCGCUAUCAACUGGUCCGCCUGCUUUUAUGUCUGCGGCAAAUGGUCGAACAUUCUAUCUUGGAACCUCCUCCAACUGGUCAUUCACUCGACGAGUUCUCAGCCUGGCACAUCAGCAUCUCUAUCAGGAAUCUUUGCCAACAGAGACCUUGUUGUUUGAUGAAACUACUUACCAAUUAGGAUGGGAUGGACUACGAACAACUCCCGGCCCGGAUGUUCCAGUUGUCCCAACUCGCGACCACACAAUGUAUCUGAUCAAUGCUGUGCAAUUUCGUUGCGGUCAGUUGUAUCAUCUUUUUGAAGAAAACGAUUUCAUGAGUUCUCUACAACAAUUUUACUCAGGGGACGGACAAAACAUGACGAAUAGCUUGUGGUAUAUCCAUUUCCUCCUUAUUCUGGCUUUUGGAAAAGGAUUUGUUCAGCCCAAGGCUCAAGCUAAAAAGCCACCAGGAGUGGGAUAUUUCGUCAAAGCUUUGCAACUUCUUCCCGAUUCCAGUGCCCUAUACCGAGAUCCUAUGCUAGGAACAGAGAUCCUAUGCUGCAUCGCCUUAUAUUACCAAUGUGUUGACUAUCGCACAUCCGCACACAACUACAUCGGCCAAGCCAUGCGGAUAGCCAUGGCACAGGGAAUGCACACUAGUAUGCCAGUCGAAGAUUUAGGACACAACACGGUCCAAAGAUGUGGUAAAAUCUGGUGGACUAUCUACAUUCUCGAUCGAGAGAUGACAUCUUUGAUGGGAUUACCUCAAUCAAUCAAUGAUCGUUAUGUCCAAACCCAGCUUCCUGCCUUUUCAGAUGCAACGGAAACCAUGUCCCUAGGCAUGCACAUCAAGUUGUCUCAAAUUAUCGCUGAGGUGAAUAGUACAAUAUAUGUGAUUGAUGGCCGUAUCAACCGGACCUUCCUUCUCAGCACUAAAACUGCAUUGGCGAACAUAGCAGGUCUUGCUGACGAGCUUCGCCAAUCAUUCCCAUUACAUCUAGAUCCAUCCAGCGGUGUUUCUCGCUUAUCGGCAUACUUGCAUCUUCUAUACCACCAGUGUAUUAUUCUCGCCACCAGACCUCUACUCUUCUGCUUCCUCAAAAUCCGAUUCGAGUCUCCAGAACGCUUUUUAGAGACUCUCAACGCCUCCCGUAACGUGCAAAACUUGAUGCAGAUGUGUCUUGAAUCUGCCCAGCACAUAAUCAGUAUCCUCCAUAGUCUACAGAGUCAAGGACUCCUAGAAACAUUUCUCCCCUUUGACCUAGAAUCAGUCUUCGUCUCUACGGUCAUCCUCCUAAUAGGACCAGCUAUAGACCCACGUUUACUCGAAAGCCACCCCAGCUGGCUCGAGAAAUCCUAUGCUAUAUUCGACGAAAUGAUCGGAGACGGCAACCAGGUCGCCAAUUUCCGACGAUCAGAGCUCCAGCAGCUAGACGAGACAUUACUAGGCUGUGUUUCUGGUAGCCAGCCUGGCCCAUUGACAAUCCCUGCUUUUUACCAGGAGUCUGGCAUUGUCCCUCAUCCGCCUUCCCCGUCAACAUCGAUUUCGGGGUCCAUAGCGCAUCCCGUGCGAUAUGAUACGCUUCUCAGGCCAGAUCCUGAGUUGGAUGCAGAGUGUGAUUUCGGUACGAUGUUGACAUCGGCUGAGAUUAUGGCUGUUGCAGAUUCUAUUGAGACUUUUGAUACCGAGUGGGUGUCAAAUGCCAUGGUUGAACAUAGUAUAUGCUAG